CCCGCGCUGGCUACCUUUGGUCAGUGGUGUUUCGCCUUUAUCCUGGUGGAGUCUACCCCUGCUGUGGUCCUACGUGGCUGAAACUUAAGUCCUGGAGCCCCACCCGGCCGGAGGCUCGGAGCGGAAGUGACGUCAGCGCGCCACCGCCAUCUUUACCGGCUGUGGUUCCGCAUGGUCAGUGCCAUUUCGCCUUUAUCCUGGUGGAAUCCACCCGGCCUGUGGUGAGUUCCACCUGCUUGGGGGUCCUGGAGCUAGCAGGGGGGCGGCAAAGGAAGGACUGGGCGCGGUCGCCCAGGAGCCUCUCGGACCCGCCUUGUUUCACUGGCCGUCGGCCUUCCCGGUGCGGCUUCUGGCCAGUUCCGAGAGGCCGCACACUCCGUCUAUCCCCGUCAGGAGCCCCGUCGGGAAGUGAGUCUGUCCCGCCUCCGCGGGGUGUUUUCUUGAGUGCUUUCAUCCGCUGUGCUCCCCUCUUGAAAAGCUUGGAAAGCAACCUUUGUGAGUUUUUUUCUUUCCGAAAGGAAAAGGAUUUCUACUGUUCUAGUGAGGUUGGCUCUGGCCCCGCAACGUCCCGCGUCCGGAACCUGGCUUUUCGGGCGUGUACCUGGACCUCAGAUAACCCUGUACAGAGAAGAAUGGGAUUGCCUCUAUUCACCUAGAUUCGUAAGCUGCCCUGAGGCGAUCUUGGCAUCAAGGAAGACAGCAUUGAGGCACACCUCACCAUCAGGUUCAGAGGAUGUCAGCCAUUGAUUUGUCCCUUGGGUUUUUUCCCAGGGAACCAAUCUGCCCUUUUGAAGAAAAGACGAAGGUAGGAACGAUGGUGGAGGACUACCUGGCAAAUUCUUAUCAGGAUUCAGUGACGUUUGAUGAUGUGGCUGUGGAGUUCACCCCAGAGGAGUGGGUUUUACUGGACACAACUCAGAAAUACCUCUACAGAGAUGUGAUGCUGGAGAACUACAUGAACCUGGCCUCUGUGGAUUUCUUUUUCUGCUUAACUUCAGAAUGGGAAAUACAACCUAGAACCAAACGGUCAUCACUUCAGCAGGGUUUUUUGAAGAAUCAAAUAUUUACUGGCAUACAAAUGCAGACAAGAAACUACAGUGGAUGGAAACUCUGUGAGAAUUGUGGAGAGGUCUUCAGUGAACAGUUUUGCCUUAAGACACACAUGAGAGCUCACAAUGGAGGGAACGCUUCUGAGGGUAAUUGUUACGGAAAAGACGUCCUCAGUGUGCACAAGGAAACCUCUAUUGGACAGGAACUUUCCAAAUUUAAUCCAUGUGGAAAAGUCUUCACCUUAACUCCAGGCCUUGCUGUACAUCUUGAAAUUCUCAAUGGAAGACAACCAUACAAAUGUAAGGAAUGUGGAAAAGGCUUUAAGUAUUUUGCGAGCCUUGAUAAUCACAUGGGAAUCCACAUUGGAGAGAAACUCUGUGAAUUUCAGGAAUGUGGGAGAGCCAUCACACCUUCCUCACACCUAAAGCAGUGUGUAACAGUUCAUACUGGAAGGAAGUCUGAAAAGACUAAGAAUUGUGGGAAAUCCUUCACUAAUUUUUCUCAACUUUCUGCACAUGCGAAAACUCAUAAAGGAGAGAAGUCCUUUGAAUGUAAAGAAUGUGGAAGAUCCUUUAGAAAUUCCUCAUCCUUUAAUGUUCACAUUCAGAUUCACACUGGAAUAAAACCACACAAAUGUACGGAAUGUGGGAAAGCCUUCACUAGAUCAACUCACCUUACUCAACAUGUAAGAACUCACACUGGAAUAAAACCCUAUGAAUGUAAGGAAUGUGGCCAAGCCUUCACUCAAUACACAGGCCUUGCUAUACACAUACGAAAUCACACUGGAGAGAAACCCUAUCAGUGUAAGGAAUGUGGGAAAGCCUUCAAUAGAUCUUCAACGCUUACUCAACAUAGAAGAAUUCACACAGGAGAGAAGCCUUAUGAAUGUGUUGAAUGUGGGAAGACCUUCAUUACUUCUUCCCAUCGUAGUAAACAUUUGAAAACUCACAGUGGAGAAAGGUAAAUGCAAGAUACGUGGGAAGACAUUUAUGUAUUCCUCACCCCUAAUGUUCACCUGCAAACUCAUACCAGAGAGAAACCCUUCGUAUGUAAAGAAUGUGGGAAAGCAGGCCGGGCGCAGUGGCUCACGCCUGUAAUCCCAGCACUUUGGGAGGCCGAGGUGGG